GUGACGUGUUGUAGCGGCUGCUCUGGUGACGUGUCUUUACCUUCUCUGUGGCUGUUGAAUGGAGCUGCUCUGACUCCACUGAUCACUCGGACUGCUCCCAGUAACGCGACAGGCGUCGAUAUAAAGGCACCAUGGGAAUAAAAUUUUUGGAAGUCAUCAAACCGUUCUGUGCGGUGCUACCAGAGAUUCAAAAGCCUGAAAGAAAGAUUCAGUUUAGAGAAAAGGUGCUAUGGACUGCCAUUACACUCUUCAUUUUCCUGGUUUGUUGCCAGAUUCCACUGUUUGGCAUCAUGUCAUCAGAUUCCGCAGAUCCCUUCUACUGGAUGAGAGUUAUCUUGGCUUCAAACCGAGGUACUCUGAUGGAGCUGGGUAUCUCCCCCAUCGUCACCUCCGGCCUCAUCAUGCAGCUGCUGGCUGGAGCCAAGAUCAUUGAGGUUGGAGACACACCCAAAGACAGAGCUCUGUUUAACGGAGCUCAGAAAUUGUUUGGAAUGAUCAUCACCAUCGGACAGGCCAUUGUGUAUGUGAUGACCGGCAUGUAUGGAGACCCCUCAGAGAUGGGGGCUGGAAUCUGUCUUCUCAUCAUCAUCCAGCUCUUUGUUGCCGGUCUGAUUGUGCUGCUGCUGGACGAGCUGCUCCAGAAGGGCUACGGUCUGGGCUCUGGUAUCUCGCUCUUCAUUGCCACCAACAUCUGUGAGACCAUUGUGUGGAAGGCCUUCAGCCCCACCACCGUCAACACAGGCAGAGGAACUGAGUUUGAGGGCGCCAUCAUCGCUCUCUUCCAUCUGUUGGCCACUCGCACAGACAAGGUCCGAGCCCUGAGAGAGGCCUUCUACAGGCAAAACCUGCCCAACCUCAUGAACCUCAUCGCUACCGUCUUUGUGUUUGCAGUAGUUAUAUACUUCCAGGGCUUCAGGGUGGAUCUGCCCAUCAAGUCUGCCCGCUACCGUGGACAGUACAACACGUACCCGAUCAAACUGUUCUACACCUCCAACAUCCCCAUCAUCCUGCAGUCUGCGCUGGUUUCCAACCUUUACGUCAUUUCCCAAAUGUUGUCCACACGGUUCAGUGGCAACUUCCUGGUCAACCUGCUGGGAACUUGGUCUGACACGUCGACUGGUGGACCGGCUCGAGCCUACCCUGUGGGUGGUCUGUGCUACUACCUGUCUCCUCCGGAGUCUUUUGGUUCUGUUCUGGAUGAUCCGGUCCAUGCUGUCAUCUACAUCGUCUUCAUGCUGGGCUCCUGCGCCUUCUUCUCCAAGACCUGGAUCGAAGUCUCGGGAUCAUCUGCCAAAGAUGUGGCAAAGCAGCUGAAGGAGCAGCAGAUGGUGAUGAGGGGACACAGAGAGACCUCCAUGGUGCAUGAACUGAACAGGUACAUCCCCACAGCUGCUGCCUUUGGAGGACUCUGUAUAGGAGGCCUGUCCGUCAUGGCUGACUUCCUGGGAGCCAUUGGUUCUGGCACAGGAAUCCUGCUGGCUGUCACCAUCAUCUACCAGUACUUUGAGAUCUUUGUCAAAGAGCAGAGUGAAGUGGGCAGCGUGUCCGGACUGCUCUUCUAAAGGAAAUGCCAAGCCAAGACAACACAAGACUCGAAGCCUCCACACAUGUUCACCACAAAUUCUGCAAAUUUGUCCUGUGUACGAAUUUACUCCCCAAUUCAUCAGUCCAGAGAAAACCUCCUGUUAUAACAGCAGGGGGGUUGGUCCCCACAUCCCCGUUCAUUUCAUCAUGUCGAGUCAGCGAUUCCCUGAAUUGGAUUUGACAGCCGUUGUGUGAUGUGCUGUUUACGUGACCAGCAAACGUGUUCAUUGUUCAGACAGCCAACGAGGAGAUGAACCGCUGCAGCGGAACAAUUCAACAGAAAAAUGACCUCAAUCUCCUAAAUCCUCUCCGAGACUUCAAGUCACUCUGGUCUCAUUCUCAGGGCUCGUUCCUCUUCUGAGCCCUGAAGAAAUGCUUGGUCUGUUUCAUCAUGAUCUUUUAUUCCCGGACUGCUCCACACAGGUGGCCGGGGAUGAGGGUGGGUUUGAUACAGAAGAACUGGGGUUUAAUUAUGUUUUUACUCUUGUGUAAAACAUGCAUAGUUGUGUUAUUAAAACUUG